CCAGACGUCCGCGUGUUCCUGUGGUCCGCUGGUGUUCACGGCCCAUCAGUCGUAUUACAUUAUUAUUAAUAUAUAAUAUAAUAUUUGAAUACACCGACAGCGACUMUUUUCACUUAUAUUAUUAUAAUAAUAACGACUGCGUGCAUACUUAAUAAUAUCAUUAUUAUUACUUGAAUUAUUAUUUAUUUGUUCACAUUACACUUACGGCAAUUUGCUAAGCGUUUACAGUUGUCAACUUUGAUUUAAUAUAAUUCUCUACGAUAACAAUAGUGCGUCGUUUAUGUGCUUUUUUUCAUUCCGAAGAUAUUGCUAUUUGCAUCUACGCCUAACCUUUGCAACACGCCACGAGCACGUGCCUGUUUUCCGAAUGCUUAAAUGAGAACCAUCGCUCACACAUGGAUAUAAUACAAAUAUUACUCUUAUUUGUAUCAGGUGUGUUCCUAACCUGUGAACCAACUGGCGCCCAAGAUGACUCGUCGUUGACGUACCGAGUGUCUGCCCAACGUAUUUUACAGGAUACCAGUAAUUACGUGGAAACUCGUAGUUCAGAGCAAAAGUUUUUGAAAAAGUACAUGCUAUCACCUGACGUGACAUGCAACGACGGAUCUCCAGCAGGAUUUUACGUGCGCCAUUCAAACUAUAGUAAAACAUGGAUAGUGUUUCUCGAAGAGGGCUGGUGUUGUUAUGAUAAACCAAGCUGUGACGAACGUUGGUCAAGAGCCGAAUACCUUAUGUCAUCAAAAGAAUGGCCCGAAACUCGAACAGGCGGAGGAAUAUUAUCCAAUAAUGCGGCUGAAAAUCCUUACUGGUGGCAGGCAAAUCACGUUUUCGUACCAUAUUGUACUAGCGAUAUAUGGACUGGUCGGAGAGCAGAACCACAACACGGAUCGAAAUUCACUUUUAUGGGCUCCAUAGUGAUUAAGCAAGUCAUCAGAGAGCUAUUAACUAUAGGUUUGGCCAAUGCCAACGCUCUCAUACUCUCUGGAAGCAGUGCUGGUGGUGUUGGAGUUAUGUUGAAUCUGGAUCCCAUUCAAAAGAUGUUGAGACAAUACAGUGGCAUGUCGGUCCAUGGUAUCACGGACUCCGGUUGGUUCAUGGACCAACAACCGUACGAUAUCGAGGACGAAGGAGGUUCGUCGGCGUCACCGGUCGAAGCCGUGAAACUAGGCAUCCCUUACUGGCACAGUCAGAUACCAUCCAGAUGUCGGAACCUCUACAUCAACGAGCCUUCCAAGUGUUUUAUCGGUUACAAGAUUUAUCCAACAUUAUCGGUCCCGUUGUUCGUGUUUCAAUGGCUGUACGACGAAUUCCAGCUGAAAAACGACGUCGGCACUCCGGUCACCAAACAGCAAUGGGACUACAUCCAUAAGAUGGGCGAAAGACUGCGAAAAUCAUUACUAAACGUCACAUCGGUGUUCGCUCCGUCUUGUGUUUCCCAUACAGUACUCACKAAGAAAGACUGGAAGAACAUCAAGAUCGACUCGGUGUCCCUCCCGACGGCAUUGCACUGUUGGCAGACCGAGACGAGGUUUGCGAAGAUUAAUGGCAACGGAAACAACAAUAAUUAUAACAAUAACAACAGCAACAAGUCUAGACCUGGCCGAGCGAAUGGCAACGGCAACCGCGGUGCGGGAGUCCAUAACAAGAGACUGACGAAAAUCGACAGACAUAUGGUGGCCGAUAACGUGACCAAAAAGAAACAAAAUAAGAUGCAUCGCAACGAUCAUCGAUCUGGAGCAAUGGUUCAUAAGAAACGCAGACGUCACCACAAAAAUCACGGAAGCUGCAGACACCAACACAUUCAGAGCUGCACUUGGCCGCAAUGCAAUAACUCGUGUCCAAAACUUCAAAAUCCAGCAACUGGCGAAGAGGUGGACUUCAUCGAGCUGUUGCAGUCAUUUGGGGUGAAUAUACCAAACCUGUCGUCCGAGCUGGGAAUCGACAUGGAAUCACUAAUACACAUGGACCAGGAAGAGUUGCUGAACCUGCUCACUCAACAGUCCAAUUAAACCCGUACGGUUACGAUUAUCAGCAUAGUUUGGGGGGGAGGGGGGUUGACAGUAGGUCGAAGGAUGGGUGUGCAUUAUGAUGUGGGAUAAGGGAUGAGUCGACGCGGGACUUCAAAUAUAAUAUUUACCGGGGUGUUUUGUGUCUGGGUUUUACUGGAACGCGUCAAAUUUUACCAAAAAAAAAAAAAUAUUUAUAUUAA